UCCCGGCGUGCAGCGCGCUCGCGCGUCCCCCGCCCGGUAAUGUUUUGGCCGCUUCAAGAUGGCGGUGCAGGAGUCGGCGGCUCAGUUGUCCAUGACCCUGAAGGUCCAGGAGUACCCGACCCUCAAGGUGCCCUACGAGACGCUGAACAAACGCUUUCGCGCCGCUCAGAAGAACAUUGACCGGGAGACAAGCCACGUCACCAUGGUGGUGGCCGAGCUGGAGAAGACACUGAGCGGCUGCCCCGCCGUGGACUCCGUGGUCAGCCUGCUGGACGGCGUGGUGGAGAAGCUCAGCGUCCUCAAGAGGAAGGCGGUGGAGUCCAUCCAGGCCGAGGACGAGAGCGCCAAGCUGUGCAAGCGCCGGAUUGAGCACCUCAAAGAGCACAGCAGCGACCAGCCCGCGGCGGCCAGCGUGUGGAAGAGGAAGCGCAUGGACCGCAUGAUGGUGGAGCACCUGCUGCGCUGCGGCUACUACAACACGGCCGUCAAGCUGGCACGCCAGAGCGGCAUCGAGGACCUAGUGAAUAUUGAGAUGUUCCUGACGGCCAAAGAGGUGGAGGAGUCCCUGGAGAGGCGUGAGACGGCCACCUGCCUGGCCUGGUGCCAUGACAACAAGUCCCGGCUGCGGAAGAUGAAGAGCUGCCUGGAGUUCAGCCUCAGAAUCCAGGAGUUCAUUGAACUCAUCCGGCAGAAUAAGAGACUGGACGCCGUGAGACACGCGAGAAAGCACUUCAGCCAAGCAGAAGGGAGCCAGCUGGACGAGGUGCGCCAGGCCAUGGGCAUGCUGGCCUUCCCGCCCGACACGCACAUCUCCCCGUACAAGGACCUCCUGGACCCUGCACGGUGGCGGAUGCUGAUCCAGCAGUUCCGGUACGACAACUACCGACUACACCAGUUGGGAAACAACUCUGUGUUCACCCUCACCCUGCAGGCUGGCCUCUCAGCCAUCAAGACACCGUAUCCUGCCUCCUGUGCACAGUGCGGCUUGGCCUGGGACAGACCCGGGCUUCUGUGUGCUGCACCUGCACAGUGUCUAGAUGGUCGAGGUGGGGCCGUGUUGAGGGGCCUUGGAUGCGUCGCACAGCCUUCACUCUGGGAAGUGGCGCCCUUCCUCUCUCUCUCGUCAUCUCAGAUGCUGCCAUGGGCACCGAGCAUUGAUCUAAAAGCCUGACUCUGAUGUGUUCUGGCGGCUGGGAGAUUACCAUUCAGAAUAGUUUCCCCAUGUGGUUACCAAGAACCUUGCCUGUGACUGACUUGGCCUCCGCCUGUGACUGAUUCUGUCCCACCUGUGACUGACUGUCCCGCUUGUGACCGACUCUGUCUGCCUGUGACCGACUCUGUCUGCCUGUGACUCUGCCCCUACCUGCGACUGACUCUGCACCUGCCUGUGACUGACUCUGUCCUGCCUGUGACUCUGUCCCACCUGUGACUCACUCAGUUCCUGCCUGUGACUCACUGCUCCUGCCUGCGGCUGACUCUUUCCCCACCUGUGACUGACUCUGUCCUGCCUGUGACUCAUUCCUUUCUGUGACUGACUGUGUCCCACCUGCAACUGACUUCUUCCUGCCUGCGACUGACUCUGUCCCCACCUGCGACUCACUGUGGCCCUGCCUGUGACUGACUCUGUCCCCUUUGACUGAUUCCUUCCUGUAACUGACUCUGUCCCACCUGCAACUGACUUCUUCCUGCCUGUGACAGACUUUGCCCCUGCCUGCGACUGAGUCUGUCCCUGCCUGCAACUGACUCCAUGCUGCCUGUGACUCAGUCCUCGCCUGUGACUGACUCUGUCCCGCCUGUGACUGACUGUGCCUUGGCCUGUGACUGACUCUCCCAGCCUGUGACUGACUCCAUCCUGCCUGUGACUGACUCUGCCCACGCCUGCAACUGAGUCUGUCCCUACCUGUGACUGACUCCGCUCCUGCCUGUGACUGACUCUGUCCCUGCCUCUGACUGUCUCACCUGUGACUGAUUCUGUCCCUGCCUGUGACUGACUCUCCCAGCCAGCGACUGACUCUUCCCUGCCUGUGACGGACUCUGUCCUGCCUGUGACUCUGCCCCUACCUGUGACUGACUCUCCUAGCCAGCGACUGACUCUGUCCCUGCCUGUGACUCACUCCGUCCCUGCCUGUGAUUCACUCCAUCCCACCCGUGACUGACUCUGCCCCUGUCUGUGACUGACUCUGCCCCUGUCUGUGACUGACUCUGUCCUGCCUGUGACUGACUGUCCCUGCCUGUGACUGACUCUGUCCCUGCCUGUGACUGACUCUGUCCUGCCUGUGACUGAAUCGGCCCCUGCCUGUGACUGUCAGCCUGUGACUGACUCUGCCCUGACUGUUCUCUUGCACCUGACUCUGCUCUCACCUGUGACUGACUUUAUCCCCAGCUGUGGCUGACUCUGCCCCCACCUGUGACUGACUGUCCUCCUACAACUGACUCUGCCCUCACCUGCGAUUGACUCUGUCCCCGCCUGUGAAUGUCUCUCGUGUGACCUGACUCAGGCCCAGAAGGCAGUGAGUGUUUCGGGAUUGCGCUGAUUCCUGGCUGUGCUGGGAUAUGAAUGAGACUCAGGCCCCCUCCCUUGUCCCCUUUGUGGAACUCUGAGGGGGAGGGCUGAUGUGCUUGCCCACUGCCUGUUCCUAGGUGCCAGCAGAACAUCCCUGCUGGGUGGCUCUUGUCCUGCCUGGAGAGGUUGCGUGGCGGGGAAGAGGGUGGUGGGCGACAGAGCCGCUGUGUGCAUGUGGUCCUGGCGCAGGAGGCUGGGGCGGGAAGGUGCGGGCUUCUUGUCUCCCCCAGGCCUCAGGGGGCUGUUUAGCUGUCAAGUGCAGCACUUCCUUUGCCUUGAAGGAUACCCCAUGUGGUCUGCACGGUGCUCACAUAGCCAGAAUGGCAUGCAGUCCGAGGUAGAGUGGCCACAGGGGGCUCGGCUCACCCUGGGUGGUCCCCAACCCUUCCUUGACCCGAC